ACCGGCGGAGUGAUACUCUAAUUUUUGCACAGCACGUCGAAGCCGGGCAAUUCUGCAUCACCAACAAUACGUUCUCCACAUUUUCUUUACCGAAUUAAAUAUUAUAUAACAGAUUUGGAUAUACAUUUAAGUCAAUUUGUAAAGUAGAUAUCUCCUUUGUAAAGAAGAAGACCGUACCCUGGGUGUUUUAUCAUCUUUAAGGAGCUUGAAAAGUCUACAGGAUGGCUGAUCAGCUGACAGAGGAGCAAAUUGCUGAGUUCAAGGAGGCUUUCUCGCUGUUCGAUAAGGACGGUGAUGGUACGAUCACCACCAAGGAGCUUGGAACUGUGAUGCGUUCUCUGGGACAGAACCCCACUGAGGCGGAGCUGCAGGAUAUGAUCAAUGAGGUGGAUGCUGAUGGUAAUGGUACGAUUGACUUCCCUGAGUUUCUGACCAUGAUGGCCAGGAAGAUGAAAGAUACAGACAGUGAGGAGGAGAUCCGAGAAGCCUUCAGAGUCUUUGACAAGGAUGGUAACGGCUACAUCAGUGCAGCAGAGCUACGACACGUCAUGACCAAUUUAGGAGAGAAGCUCACCGAUGAGGAGGUGGACGAAAUGAUCCGUGAGGCUGACAUAGAUGGUGACGGCCAAGUCAACUAUGAGGAGUUUGUCCAGAUGAUGACUGCCAAGUGAAGAGAACAGUGAGAUUUCUCUCAGCGUUGCUUGUCCUCCUAAGAUACAUGUCUUUAAGAACCAAAAAAGGAACAAUUAUCAAAAUAGAAACACCCAAAUCGCCCUUGAAAAAAAAUCACUUCUCUGUCAAAUUUUCCAAUUUGUGCUUCAGUGCAGCCAACUACGUCUAAGGUAUCUGUUUAGCAAACACCCAACAGAAUAACCCCUAGAGAAGCUAAUGGACCGAGCUUUUAGAGGGCUGAAGCCCCCAUACUUCAGACCCAAGAUUCUGCUGAGUCACCCUGCUCCUGAUUAAUUUAGAGGAAAGAGCAACACUGAAAAGGCAGCGGGAUAGAAACCCCAAGCCACAGUUAGUACAAAGAAGUUGGCUGUUUUCAAUCUUUCCCAUAUUCGACGUAACAAACGGACUCUCUUGCACCAGUGGUGACUCUUUAAAUACUGAAAUGAGUACUCUUCUUGCAUGCACCCUUUCUGUGGCGGUCUCUUGUCACAACAAGGAGGCUCUGAUGCGGUCAGAGGUAGUGGUCAGAUCGUGUACACACUGGAGGUAUAUACAUUACUAUAUAGCUAUAUAUCUGUAACAUUUGUGUCACUAUGAUUAUUGCAAGAGCAAAUAGCUGCAACAUAGGGCGUUCAUUGGUGCUCGGUCAGAGAUGAGCACCGAAGAGUUUGGACAAGGAAGAAAGACUGGAAAUUGCUGAUGGUUUUUUUUCCCCCCUCGGGGAUGUGAUACUGUCUUGUUUAUGGAGGGGGGGGGGGGGGGGUGGGCUGUAUGUUGCCCACAGCACUGAUUGGAGACAGCAGUAUGUUGUCAUGCUUCAGGGGGAUGGUUGUGAAAACACACUCGAGGACUGCAGUUGAAACCUUUUGUUCUUCAAACAGAUAUCCUGAUACUAUAUUGAUGUAAUGCUUUAUAUCUGUGUUCUCAAAUAUUAAUGUAUUGAUGACAAACUUUGGUCACAAAAUAUAUAUAUAUCGAUCUAUAUUAGUGUGUCGUAAAGUUUGCAUUGCCUAUUGUUGUAGUAAAUGACCUGUGACAUGUUUUCUCUUGGUUUUGAAAUGUGCCAUAAUACUCUUGAACGCCUCAACCUUCUUGCAAGACUUGUAAUUCAUUAGAAUAUAAUACAUCUACUUAAUAUAAUAACAUGUAAAAAAAACAUGCAGUUGAACAUGUUUGCACUUUGGUAUAAACCACGUGGAUAUAUUGAAAAAAAGGUUUGUUCUAGAAGAUUAAAAGAAACCAAAUGUCACUGCUUCUGUUGCCAUGACAAACACGUGUUCUACUCAUUUGUCGUCCUUGUUGGUGUCUGAUCUUCAAUUUGUAGUCCGGUGAUUCAAACUUCAACCUGCUUGCUGUUUAUUGAACAGAUUAAAAAUACUGUAUAUUAACGAACACAAACUUGUAGUGGAGGUGAUUUCAUUUGGGCUGUAAGACCGGGAAUUUCAGAGACGGAGGGGGUGUAGCAAAGAAUUCAGCUUUUAUGGGAGAGAUUGGUUUCAGUGUUUGGAAGAGGUUGGGUCAAAAUUUAAGAAGCGGGUUAUCUGAGGUAUCACAUGAUUCCCUCGAAAACAUCAUAAUUAGAUAUUGUUGGAGGCGCUUUAAUUGGUCAUCUUAGAUUCAGAUGAAUGGAAGUAAAAGGUAACUGGACUGUUAACUUCUGAAGGUGUCUCAAAAAUGUAAAGAUGUGAUAUAUUUUCCAUAAACCAAUAAACUGACUGAGCUUUAGUUGA